AUGUUGCGCGUGGUGAGAUAGAACAUCAAUAGUAUUCACCCCCUGCAAGAUAUGGUAUACCAGGAAUCCAGUAACUGUGCCACCAUGGAUGGGCGCAUUUUGGAAGAGCUGGAUGCUGAUAUUAUCCGUCUCCAGGAAACCAAAGUGACCAGGGAUGUGCUGACAGAGCCUUUGGCUAUUGGCGAGGGUAACUCCUGUUUCAGCUUCAGCCACAACCAUAGUGGCUAUUCUGGUAAAUUGAGUACCCUGUUUAUCCCCUUCUGUAAGGACUGUGCUACUCUGGUGGCGGCUGGAGAAGGCCUCAGUGGCCUGCUUGCCACUCAGGAUGUGGGUUGCUCUGGAAAUAUGGAUGAGUUCACCCAAGAGGAGCUCCAGGGUCUGGAUAGUAAGGGCCAGGCCCUCCUCACACAGUACAAGAUCUGUACAUGGGAAGGGAAGGAGAGGACUUUGACCCUAAUCAACGUGUAUUGCCCUCAUGAGGACCUUGGGAAGCCUGAGCUGUUGGCCUUUAAGAUGCACUUCUAUCGCUUGCUGAAGAUUCGAGCAGAAGCCUUCCUAGCAGCUGGCAGCCAUGUGAUCAUUCUGGGAUCAUUCCACCACCCCAUUAACUACUGGGAUGCAGUCAACCUGGACUGUUUUGAAGAGAACCCAGUAUGCAAAUGGAUGGAUGGCUUGCUCAGUAAGCUGGGCUGCCAGUCUGGCCACUAUGUAAGGCCCUUCAUUGAUAGCUACCACUACUUCCAACCAAAGCAGAAAGGGGGAUUCACCUGCUAGUUAGUAGUCACUGGUGUCUGCCAUCUCAUAGAUACCUUCCAGGCAUCCUUUCUGCUGCAUGAGGUGAUGGGCUUUGAUCACUGCCCUGUGGGUACAGUCUUAAGCAUGUUUUCUGUGCCUGCAAAACAGUACCCACCUCUGUGCACCCGCUUCCUCCCUGAGUUUGCAGGCACCCAGCUCAAGAUCCUUCACUUCCUAGUUCCUCUUGAAUAAAAUCCUGUUUUGGAGCAGUUAGCACUCCAGCUCAUCAACCAUACCAGGGUGCAGAAGUGCCAAAACAAAGACUGUGUACGUCCCUCAACCAGGUCUCAGCCCAGUCAGGCUGGCUCCAGCAGAGGCCAGAAAAAUCUGAAGAGCUACUUCCAGCCAUCCUCUGAUCCCCAAGCGUCUCCUUACUUAGAAUUACCUAGCCUGCCACUCAUGGGUGCCCUCCUUAUCCCAAAGACUUCAGAAGAGGAGACAACAACCAAAGUGGCAAAAGAGCAGGCCAAGGCUUUAGAGGACAAAGAUGAAAAGGAGGUAUGGACUUCCUUCUGGAAAUCUGUUCUGGGGGACCUCAUGCCAACACCCCUUGGUGGCCACAGGGAGCCAUGUGUGAUGCAUACUGUGAAGAAGCCAGGACCCAACCUAAGCCACUACUUCUACAUAUGUGGCAGACCCCAGGGUCCAUCCACUGAUGCCUCCUCUUACUACAACUUCUUCCUCUGGGGCAGACCCAGAUGA